AUGGCUGCGUUUGUCGCCCCGGAAACGUAUCGGCCUCGGAACACCCAUAUCUUCUCUGGAAAGGGCGAUUAUCUCGGAGGAGCAUACAUCAACAGCCCUGCUCAAAUCCGCAAGGAUGACUUCCACUCGAUGUGCGACAGCUUCCUCAUGUUCCCUGGCAAGCCCCACGUUCGCUGGAGCCUACACCAUCUCAAAGAUGAUAACGAGGUUGGGGAUCUCGUAAGCCGCACCUCAGACGAUAUCACGCCUGACAGAUACAUCAUCCUUGGCCCCCAGAGUGACGUUGUGGAUGUCCAGCUGUCCACGCAGCCGGCAAUCCGCCGAGCCCCAUCCGCCCAAGUGGUCGAGGUCGACGACACUGGAAAAAGCAUGCGGACCAACCAGGCCCAUUUCCGCAAUGGGGUUCUGAACAGAGAUAACGAAACGUGCACGAUCACUGGAUGGAAGGGGGAGACCACAAACCAAGCUACGCAUAUCUUCCCCGUGUCGAAGGUGAAACUGUGGGACGACGAAGGAUACGCUCGCUGGAUCACGGACACAAAUAGUCCCAGGACGAUUGGGCCGAGUAAGCUCUUCUCGAUGCAGAACGGCCUCUUGCUCUGUCUCAACGUCCACAUCCUGUUCGACCUUUUUGUGCUGGCUAUCAAUCCGGACAGAGGCUAUCGGAUUGUCUACUUCGAACAAGACGAAAACGGAAUUGGGGGUGGCACUCUCAACCCGUCGACUCGCGAUUGCAGUGACCCGAACAACCGCGUUAGCGACGAGUGCCUAAGGUGGCACUUCCAUCAGGCGGUGCUGACCAAUAUGCGCGGUGUAGGCGAGAGGCCCUGGGAUCUUAAUCCUGACGAAGAAGGGGACCUCGGGCUUAUGAUGGAGAAGGAAAACGCCAGUGAGAUCUUGGAGGAGGUGUUUGCCGAUCGCCUCGGGGCUUUUAUUCAGGCUGACGAGGACGAGGGCGAGGAUCACAAUCACGAUCACGACCACGAUGCCGAUGACAAUGCUGACUACGAUGGCUAUCACGAUGAUGAUGACGAUGCGCAAUGA